GACCGGCUCAGUCAGCCCCACAUUCCCGCCUGUGAUCUCACUAGCGACACACGCUCUCUCUACUAUUACUAUUUCAUCUAUCAAAACCUUCAACAUGUCUUAUUACGCUAACAACGAAUACAUCAUCGCAACAAACAACUCGAUCAACGAGAACAGAUACAACAGUGAAAAGAUGAAGAACAGUGGCAUCAAGGCUCUGUUGAGGCCUUUGAUGAAGAUGAUCAAGAAGACGACCAAGCGCGCUCCCGCCAAAAAGUGCGACACGUGCUUCGAGGAGGACCAGAACUCGAGCAACGAGAUGCUGGAGCGCAAGAUCUGCGAGGAGAUGGAGGCGUGCCAACCUGGCGCCGCCUUCCUCGUGUACAACGACAACAACACGUGCGACCUUGUGCCAGUGACCCCUGACAACUUCUACGUACCAGUGCACUUCGCGAGGACUGAAGCCGGUACUUUCUUCUGGACCACCGUCUCCAAAACCGAGGCUGACUUCGCAGCGGCAGCUCACUGCUACACCGAGUGCCAGACCGCGGAGCAACAGUACCCCGUCCUGCAGGACCGCUGGGUGCAAGCCUAAACUGCAACCAGUACUUGACAACAAUCAGUGUCUUCCGUGAAACCAGUGCCUGCUCCGUUGGUUUCCGCAAUCGUCUGUGAUGUUAGCUUUAACUUAGUUCAAGGUGCCAUAUAGGGAUAAGUUAGGUUAGGCCUGCUCAAUACUCGUGAUAACUCCUCGAAAGCUUUAAUUGUAUUUUCGAUAGUGUUGUGAUAUUUUUGAAAAUAUUUUGUAUUGUAUAAAUUAAUGUUAGGGUAUAGUGAGCUUUGCAUUGUGAUCUUCCUUAUCAAGCUUUAAUUGUUGUAGGGAUUAGGUAUUUAUUGACAUUUACUUGUGUUAUGAUUUCGUAUAAACAAUAUACAAAUUGAAUGAA